AUGACAGACACUGCUGCCUUUUCUUCACAGCUGAAGAAGCUGGAUCAGGCCGUGUCUGCCGCUCACACCUUCUUUGUCGCUAAUCCCCAGCACCUCCAAAUGCGGGAGGACAUCGAGAAGUACCGGCGUAUGUCAGGGGUGAAGUCAGACAGCUUCCAGGACCUGGAGGCCAUUCCACACUGGGAAGCAUAUGAGACUGGUGUGCAGCACUAUGAUGCAGAUGAGUACCUGCAGGCCGUGGCCAGGCUGGAGGAGUCACUCUCAGAGGCACUGUCAGCACUGGAAGAUUGUCGUGCCCUGUGUGAAGGGCCUUGGGAGGAUGAGGAUGAGGAGGAGAAAAUGCAGCCUGGCCUGUAUGAAGCCAUUGCAGCCCAUUACAUUCAGGUUUUGAAGUGCAGGCAGCAGUGCGUCCUGGAAAUUGCCACAAAGCCGGGGAGAAUUUCUGCCACAGAAGAUUUCAUACCCUCUCAUCUUGAUUUACUGCAGUUUGCCUACAGCCAAGUUGGGAACCACACACGAGCUGCUGAAUGUGCUGCUUCCUACUUGCUCUUCUAUCCCUCGGAUGAGCCCAUGUUGGAGAAAAUGAAACAGUAUCGCACAGAACUGGGAGAGGAUGCAGCUGUCACAGCCAGACAGAGUAUUCAGCAUUAUGUGCAGAGAUCUUUGAUGGAGAAGAAGUUAAUUUAUUAUGCAGUGGAGCAUCUGGGAGAAACUUUUAAUGACCCUGAUCUUUGGACUCCAGAUGAGCUGAUUCCUGAAAACUUAAAAGAGAAAUACAGAGAGGAUCAGGAGAAGCAAAAGCAUGAAACUCUGGAUGGGGAAGAGAGGGAGAAGAGGGGUCCUCUGCCUUUUGAGGGUAUUGUUGUCACGAUGGAUUCCCAGCAGAUGAAUGGAACCCAGAGGGUUGUGUUUGACAGAGUGCUGACAGAGUCUGAGUGUAAGGACCUUCUCCGACUGACAAAGGCAGCAGGGGAAGCAGGAGAUGGAUACCGGGCAAGACGGUCGCCUCAUACCCCACACGAGAGAUUCGAAGGGUUAACUGUUUUGAAGGCCAUGCAGCUGGCCCAAAAUGGGGACGUGGAAUGGAGAGACGCCAAAUUGCUUCUGCAGGCUAGUGAGAAAUCUCAGAAAAUCAUAGAGUCCUAUUUUACUUCUGGAAAGAAACUCCAUUUUUCAUUCACACACCUUGUGUGUCGCACAGCUAUAGAUGGGGAACAGGAAGGUCGCAUGGAUCUCAGCCAUCCUGUCCAUGCUGAUAAUUGUCUCUUGGAUCCUGAGGGGCAAGAGUGCUGGAAAGAACCUCCUGCCUAUGUGUACAGGGACUACAGUGGCAUUCUCUACCUCAAUGAUGACUUCCAAGGUGGGGGCCUUUUCUUCACUGAAAUGGACACUGUGACUGUCACAGCCGAGGUGCAUCCCAAGUGUGGGAGGCUGGUAGCCUUCAGCUCUGGCAAGGAGAACCCCCAUGGCGUGUGGGCCGUGAGCCGCGGACGGCGCUGCGCCAUUGCCCUCUGGUACACGCACUCCCAGGAGCACGCUGAGCAGGAACGGGUGAAGGCAGAGGAGCUGAUGGAGCAGAGGGCUGUGGAGAAGGACCAGCCCGAUGGAGAUAAACAUCAGGGAACUGAUGGCAGCAGCAGAUCCUCCUCAGAAUCUCGUGCUCCCAGCCGCGCAGCCAAGCCUGCAGAUCAGAGACAGAAGCCUGGCUUGGACAGGAAGCAGCACCCCAAGGUGCUACGGGCCAGAGAUGAGUUCUGAGUGCACGGGGCCCUGUGGACUGUCACACACCAUGGCCUGGCAGGUCACGGGAGGACCGGGACCACAGAGGCCUGGAGCAGUGUAUUAGUGUGGUAGAGCUGUAGUGAUGGGGAGGGGUGCAGCUUUCUUCUCUGUGGUGUCCCAGCAGCUGAAAAACGGGAGAAGAGCACAGUGUGGAAGUCAGUGACACCAGGAGCUUUCUUCACUGCCUCACCGUGUUUGUCUCACUCAAAAGUAAGAAGACAAGGUUUUCUCACCCCGCUCCUCUCAGUGCCAACUUCUUGGCCAUCCAGGGCUAAAUCUGAGAGGGGAAGGAGGAGCCUGGAAUCUUUUGGCGAGGGCUGUCUCACAUUCAAGAACUCAUAACUAAAGCCUUUGAAUUUCCUAAGCACCUGCAAGCUCCAGAACCUCGCAAAGUGACCUGAGACAGGA